CCUACGUGAAGAGUUAUCUAUCUUUGUUUUCCUUCAGUCACUCAGGAAAGUACCAGCCCGACCUGCCUCCUGUCCUGGACAGCUACAGAGGAACACAGAGCAGAACACAGACAUAAAGACGUCCUCGUUGGAUACAGACGCAACACACACACAGCAGUGUUCUGAGGUUUCACAGCAGAGGAAGCCAAGAGGACAAACACACACAGCGGCUCCAUCUCUCUCUCUUCCUGCACGCCCUCUGCUGCAUCUCAGGGGACUGAGGUUGCUCUACCCGAGCCUCUCCCCCCCCCCCCCCCCCUCCCCACGGCCGGACGUUGCAGAUUGAUGAUGCCACAGCAGUCAAUGGAUCGCUGUGAGGUUUCAGAGAACUGCCACCAUCAUAGCCCGGGGGUCCAGGGGAGCCAGCGGCGCCUGGUCAGUGGACUCCUUCUCUGGGUCGGUCUCCUCACCGUCAGCCACGUGGUCUCCAUCACCCUACUCGUCAUCACCAGGCCACACGCACUGCCUCUGCCAGAAAUAGUUUCAGCUCCAAAACCCACAGCAGACUCAUCUCUGAGCAUACCCCUGGAGCCACAAAGAGUGCCAUGGCAAAUGCUCACCUUUGAACCCACAAGUAUAGACGAUAAUGAUGUUUCGGUGGCGAGAAGUGGGAUCAAGUGGAAGACGCAGUCCAAGGCAAAUAAUUUUGUCUCCCUAAAGGGCGGAUCCCUGACCAUCAACCAGGAUGGUUGUUACUUCCUGUAUCUUCAGGUGACUCUGGAGACACCAGAGGUGUCUGGACAGCACAUAGUGAGAGUGAACAAGCCCAACAGUGUCCUGCUGGAAGUAAGGAUGACCAACACCUCCCUCAGCACAGGGUUCCUGGGCAGGGCUGUGGAUCUAGCAGCCUCUGACACCCUCACAGUCACUGUCUCCCCGGGUGCCAGGAUCAACACCAGCUACACCGCCACAUACCUGGGCAUCAUAGGUCCAAAAUUAUAUCUGUAGAUUCUAUUGGAUAUAGACACUCCUGUCUUCAUAGACACAUGCUGGGGGCUAGAUCUGGGAGUCAUUUGGUAGGGGUUGAUUGAAUAGAUCCUGGGGAUCUGGAGUUAACUGGGAUCAACCCAUCAUCCCACCACCUGUCAGAGAGAUGGAGUAGUGGGGAAGAUCAUGUGGGAGACACGGUAUAUUUGACUGAAACUGAUUCAGUCCGACUCCCUGCUCAUCACAGAAGAUUAUUCCACUCCUUUAUCCUCUACCUAGCCUUCCAACUGGUUUUGAGCUGCAAAGAUUAUCUUUCCAUAAUUCUACUGAUUUUUUAAUUAGAUGUUUAUUAACCGUUAUUUAACUAGGCAAGUCAGUUAAGAACAAAUUCUUAUUUUCAAUGAGGGCCAACCAAAAUGCAAAAGGCCUCCUGCAGGGAAGGGGGUUUAAAAAUGUUAUAUAAUAAUGCAUCUUGUAAUGUUGGAAAAAUAUGUUUAAGAGUAUUGGUCAUCAUGGGUUAUGGGUUGUACUGUUACUUUAGCAUGUUUCUCUCUUGCAUGAAGUAGCACUGUUUUUAUCGCUCGGGAUUAUAGUUGGUAUGUUUUUCCGGUAAAUGUUGUUUUUUAAGCUUUGAAUGAGGGGAUUUUCUUAUCAAGUCAUGUGCACAGGGUUGUUGAGAGAAUGCACAGUAUCAACAUAUCUUUAAUGUUUACUUUAAUAUUUGUGUAUUGCUUUGUAUUUAAAAUAUUUCUUUUUUACCUAUUUAUGUCUUAUUACAAUAUUAUCUUAUUAUUAUUUUCUUCUUAUUUAUUUUCUAUAUCUAUUUUGAAGGACAUGUUGAGUAUGUUGUAGGAUGAGAUGUAGAGAUAAUCAAUGAAUGUAUGUCACUCACCAGGUUUCCAUUCAAUCGUUUUAUGCGAGUAAAGUAUGUCAGGUAAAACAUUUAAUGACAGGCCUGAUGGAAACAAAAAAUGUUUCGGUAAACCUUCCAAAUGUAGACAAAACAAAGUACGCUUUACAAGGUGGGAUCUUUUUGUGUCUGUAAAACAUCUUCAUGCCCAAAUAUUGAUGUAAUAACCAUCAUAUCGAAGGAAACUUGGAGUCACGCCACUACGACUCGGGAAAGCAUGCAGUUUAUUGGCUACAGAUUAAAUACAUUAUGAUGAACUUUUCAAUAACUUUUCAAUAAAUAUCGAGGGUCUUCUUCUGGC